AUGCACCAGGAGUGGAGUCCAAAGGAGAACGAACGCGUCCACGCGUGGUUCUACACGGAGUGGCACACCGCGACGGUGAGGCGCGUCUUUCAUAAGGCGGAUGGGCCUCAUCCAGGACUCCAUGCGGAGGUCCUAUGGGACAGCGAGUAUUCCACCAGUGAACUGCCUACGUGGUGGCUGGUUGCCGAGAAGCGCGCGUCGAUGGCGUUGCCGCCGUCGGAGCCGACGACGAAUCCUUUGGCGGCGCCACAGGCUCCGGAGCCUCCAAGUCCCAGCUGGGAAGCUGACGAAGAAGUCCCCGUCGAGGCCGAAGGCCGGUGCGGUGCUGAGUUCUUGAAGCCCCCUUGCGAUAUGUUCAAAUUCAUAGACCAUGACAUGGGCAAAUGGAAGGACCAGAGCGUGCUGCCGUCGCAGGUGAUGCUGAGCCAGCAGAAGCCCCUGCCAGAUCUGCCCAUCGAUCGCAAGGAAGCAUUGUUGGGCAGUUUCAAGGGUCAGGUCUUCCUGGUGUAUUCAAACGUCAACGCCGAAGGACUCGACAAGGCCCUGCACACUGCGCUCCUGCCGCAGCUCCUGAGCAUCGCCGAGGCCGCGGCCCUUGAGGGCUCCGCGGCCCUGGACGUGGAAUUCGUGGCGCACACCUCUGACCUGCCACUGCUGGAUCGCAAGAAGCCGGGCCCCUGCACCGGUCGCUUCGUCUUCUCCAGCGGCAGCGGUCCGCAGUACUGCGACGCCACGCUGCCCCCCGGGGUGCGACCGGAGGUGACGCGCAUCGUCCGCGACAGCGACAUGCCCUACGCGGAGAAGCUGAACGUGGCCUUUUGGCGUGGCGGGGCGCGACCUGCCAAUCGAUGUGGUGACUGGAGGAAAAGCCCCCGCUUUUUGAUGCCAAUGGCAUCCCGGGAGCACCCUGAUGUGAUCAAUGCAUCCGUCAGUGGAACCAAUGUGGAGGGGCCUCCUGACCUCCUCAACGCUUUGGCCAAGUUGAUGCCACAGCGGGUGCCUUCUGAGGAACAGUUCAAAUACUGCUUCUUAGCGACAACCGCUCCGCGCUGUAGCUACACAGGCCGCGUCUUGCAGUUCUUCUCCUCAAACUCGGUGGUGGCCAUGUUCAGCAACGGUCGGAAGGCGGUGGCACAGGUGGCCUAUGCGGCCUUUCAAGAGAACGUGCAUUUUAAGUUCCUGCACGUCGAACACUUCAUAGAGGAGAUCCGACAGAUGCAGAAGAACUGGCGUGCCUUGGAGGCCUUGCCCCGCAACGCACGACGCCGCUGGGAUUGGCUCACGAGCCACGAGGUCCGCAGGUGCUACCUCUACGAGUUGCUGAUGGCCUAUUCCAAGAAGUUGGCGUACCAACCUUCCAAAAGCGGCACCAUUAAGGCCAUGCUCAAGCGCAGCCGGCCAGACACAACGCAGAAGCCCUACGUGCCCGGCGCCACGGUUCGCACCUUUGUCACCUACUACGGUGAGCUGAUGUACCUCGAGAUCUUGAUCGCUGGAAAUCCGGCGAUGCCGGAAACAUCUGGCUGUGUGGCGAACUGCGGCUUCCCAGAGGGCUUCCUGUGGAUCCACGUGUUGCCUUCCAAUGUGGAGACGGAGGCUCCAAGGCCGCAGAGUGACCACCCAGCGACAGGCGGCCCCGUGCUGUUGGCUCCGAGUGGAAAGCCAUUCGCACCUCCUCCGGGACUGGAAGGCAUGAACCAAACAUGGAACCUUUUGGAGUCCCCGAAGGACUCGGAUCAGGGCGGCCACAUGGAGCCGGACGUGAGCUCGACCCAGGCCGAGCCGAUCGAACUGAAAAAGCCCCAGACAUGCAGCAGUCGGGCGCCACCCAAAGGUCAUGUGGCCAAUGUGCCACCGGUGCCACCCCCCAGCGUCCCUCCGACCAUCGAAGUGGCCCGGCCCCUGAGAAAACGUGCAGAGGGUCCCAGUGACCCCGAAUUGAGGGCUUUUGUGAAAAAUUGGUCGUUGUCGGAGAGUUCGCGGAAGUUCCUCAAGGGCUUGCCGGGCUUCGUGCAACAGGCAUUGACCCAAUCCUGCACACCUUUGCGCGCAGAAUCUGGGAUGCGAAGGACGCUACGCCUGAAUGCGCCAUUGGAUCACUUUCGUUGGACCGAAGCGGAAGCAGCUCCCAAAUUCGUGGCUGAAAUCGAGGUGCCCAUGGAGGAUACGAAGCGCCCCAUCUUUGGGGCGGAGGCAGAACGGAUUGGCACCCGCUUGGACGAGGCCACCGAUGAAUUCCUCAAGGACCACCGAAACGGCGGAAACUGCUGCAACGGGGGAGGGGCGGUGUCCUUGUUGACGUCCGUUCUUUGUGGCGUCCGCUGGCGCUGUCUCUUUCAGGAGACAAAGAGCUGCCGAGCACUGCAGAUCCCACCAGGACAAGAUCAGCUCACAGCGAUGGAGCGGGGCCUCACAAAGAUCAAGAAAGGUGGCGCCAAGUCGAAGAAGUCCAAGGACCAGAAGAGAAGCGAAGAUGCCUUGCUACCGCCCGAGCUACAGGAGCCGAUCAUCCUGGGAGGCUCGUCGGAUGCGGAGCUCGAGUCCGACUCCGAGGACGGCGGCGUGUCCGGCCACGGCGUGUCCGAACGCGCCAGCGAGAUGAUCCAACGCGCCGAGGCGGCCAUGGCGCGCGUGGCUUCGAAAGGCCCUGCAGGAUCUACAUCAAAAGGGCAAGAGAAGCUGAAGAAGAAGAAAAAGAAGAAGACCGUCAGCCCAGUUGAGGCGGCAAGUACCCGAAAUGAUGGCCAGAUCUACCUCUCCCAGCUUCCUUUCUCCGUCAGCGAAGAGGUGCUACGGAAGGAUUUCGAGAAGUUCGGCGAAGUGAGCCGCUUCUUCUUCCACAGGAAUGCCAGCAACAAGCCUGCUGGCACCGCCUGCCUUUUCUACAAAGACCCUGCUGUGGCUGACAAGGUUCUUCUUCUGGACGGCAUCGACUACAAGGGCCGCGCCAUCCGCGUGCGUCGGCGCCAGCCGCGCAAGCCCAGUGCGGGGAAGCAGCAGGCGCCGCAGUUCAAACCCAGGGGCGCUAAGCGAAAGGCGCCAGCGCCAACGCAGGACGGAAGCGGCCUAAGCGGCCCGCAGAAAGAGGAGUUGAAGGAUCAGAGUGAAGGAAAGAAAAAGAAAAAAGUCCAGAAGAAGCUGCGGAGCAGUUAA